UGCAGGGUGUACUGCAGAAGUGAACGCUUCUUCACUUAGGAAAAUGCUGAUGAGCAGCUGUGAAUUUCCAAAACUUUUUAUAGCAAAACUUCCUUUCUCUUAGAAAGUCUAGCCCAUACAGAGGAAUUAGAGCGACACAAACUCUCUGGUUGAGAUAUUAAGAUGAGCGCAGACACUGUGGAGCAGUCGGAGGCUCCAGCUAAACAGACAGAACGAAAUGGAAUAGACUUCAAUCUUCAAAUAAAAACAGAGGAAAUCAAUGAUUCCCCUCAUUCAGCCUCUUCACUGAAGACGGCAUGUCUGACUCAGAGCUCUCCGGUCCAUGGAGGUCAGAUGAGCGGGGAGCUCACAUCCUUGCACCCCAUGCAGCAGCUGGUCCUGAUGCCGCCCACUCACCUGUCGUCGCCGCCGCCCUUCCUGCUUUCCCAGAGUCCCACCAGUCAUCAAGCUCUCCUACAGCAGAACCUGCUCUCUCUUCCAAGCCCGGGUCAGAGCAGUCUUCUUCAGCAUCAGUCGGGCCUGGCUCUGACUCCUCAGGCUAUGAGUCGUUCUGGUCUAGGAGGACCCUCCAUGGAGAACCACAUGGACAUGGCUCACCUGCAGAUACCCAAACACCUGUCGGUGCAGACGCAGGACGAACCCAGUGAUCUGGAGGAGCUGGAGCAGUUUGCCAAAGCGUUCAAACAAAGACGCAUCAAGCUGGGAUUCACUCAGGGAGAUGUUGGCCUCGCCAUGGGGAAACUGUACGGGAAUGACUUCAGCCAGACGACGAUCUCUCGGUUUGAAGCUCUCAAUCUCAGCUUCAAAAACAUGUGCAAGCUCAAACCUCUGCUGGAGAAGUGGCUGAGUGAUGCAGAGAAUUCCCCGUCCGACUCCAUGACGAGCUCAAGCUCGCUGCCGCCCCUGAUGGAAGGCUACGGGCGCAAACGAAAAAAGAGGACGAGCAUUGAAACCAACAUAAAGAUGACGCUGGAGAAACGUUUCCAUGAUAACCCCAAACCCAACUCAGAGGAGAUAAGCCUGAUUUCUGAGCAGCUGUCCAUGGAGAAGGAGGUGGUCCGGGUCUGGUUCUGUAACCGUCGUCAAAAGGAGAAGAGGAUCUACUGUCCUAUGCCGACCAUCCCGGUCAAGUCUCACAGCUACAACUCCAGGAUGGCUGCAACAUCCCGAUCCUUCAGUCCUCUGGCCUCAGGAGGAGUGUCGUCAAAUUCCUCCCCAAACAGUGGCAGUCGUGAACCUUCUCCUAACGGUCUCUCCACGGCUUCUAUCACUUCUCAGGUCAACCCAGCUUCCUACAGCUCACCGGGGUCCUGGUACCGCACAUGGAAUUCCACUCCAUACCAUCACUGAUUAACAUGAACUGCAUCGUGUUCGGCUCUUUGAAGAUUAGCUCAGCAGGGAUGAAGAUUUUAGAACGAUUCUCCUGUUUUUGAAAGAGUUUUCAACCACAAAGCUGAGAUGGAGACGCACCGUACGGCCGCUGACCACACUACUCAGGUCUUUACUCGUGCAAGCGCCUGCAGCGGCUCCAUUCAUCAAUCUGUGAUCUUUCUUGUUUUGCAAAGAUGGAGAACGCACUUACAAAGAAAGUUUCCUUGUUUAUUAAUAAAUAGGGACCACAAUUAAUGAAGUUCAUCUUUUUGUUGUUACAAGUCUUUACACUUUAGGAUUUAUCAAAAUGGUCUUGCAAACUAAUAUUCCAAAUAUGUUAUUUAUAAGGCUGAACAAACCACAUCAUUUCAGGAGAAAGAAUCAACUUUGAAGCCCAGAGAUGCAGCUUAAAUUCACAAAAACUCUCCAUUUUUGAUCAUUUUUGUGAUAAAUAUGAGGUUGUUUGUUUAGCAUUUCAAGCCAGGCUGAUGUUAAGACUCCAAUCUGACAGAGAUGUAGUUGCUAGCCUGUAAAAAA